AUGGGCGUUCACGGCUUGUGGAGCAUCCUGGAGUCUCAGUCGCUUCCUGUGAGACUGGAGAGUCUCAGCAGGAAGAAAAUGGCUGUGGAUGCGUCGAUUUGGAUAUAUCAGUUUCUGAAGGCUGUGAGAGGCAAAGACGGCCAUUCGCUCAGAGCCUCACACGUUGUUGGCUUUUUCAGAAGGAUCUGUAAGCUGUUGUUCUUUGGUAUACUGCCUGUUUUCGUGUUUGACGGCGGUGCGCCUGCGCUGAAAAGAGAGGUCAUCAGAAGGCGUAAGGAGAGGAGACAAGGCCAGAGGGAAGGAGCCGAGAGAACUGCUCAGAAGCUGUUGGCGUUGCAGUUACAGAGGGCGAAAGAGGCCGGUGCUGAAAGGCCGAGAGAUGGUGACGAUGCUGGCGAUGCUGGCGAUGCUGGCGAUGCUGGCGAUGCUGCGAUCCAGUACAAGUACCUGGGUAAUGAAGGCGAGGCCGUCAAACCAGCAGCUCAGUUCAGAUCGACGGACGAGUACGACUUGCCACACAUCGAAGGGUUUCAGAUGUCUACAGAUGAUAGGAGGUUUGUCACUGAGGACGAUAUAAAGACAUAUAACGAGCAGAUGGUCGAUGAGCUGGAAGGCAUUGACCUCAACACGCUGGACCCUGCUUCUGAAGAAUUUGCACAGUUACCAUUGACCACACAGUACAUGGCACUCUCCCAGCUGAGACUGAGAUCACGGCUUAGAAUGGGGUAUACGAAGGAACAGCUGGAGGGGAUAUUCCCGGAGAGCAUGGACUUCUCCAAGUUUCAGAUCCAAAUGGUCCAGAGAAGGAACUACUUCACGCAAAGGCUGAUGGGUAUUAGUGGUAUGGAUGAUGGUAACAACAACGGUGGUGAGGCUGGUAGGGUGGCAGGCGAGCGAGAUAGGAGGUAUAGGAUUGAAAAGACAGACGGUGGGUGGGCACUGAGCCUGAAUGAUGACACCGGCUCCAGCAUCAGGAACCCGGUUGUUUUGGAUAAGAACGACGACUAUGACAAUGAUAACGGUGCUGAAGAUGAAGAUGAAGACGUUGAUUGGGAAGACGUCGAGUUGGAGGACGUGCAAGAGAAGAAAGUGAACAUGAGCAUGAGCUCUUUACCUCUUCCACCUUCCACGACCGUCGCUGCCGGUGAUUCUACGCUGAAAUCGUUCUACAGUCCAACGAAGAAGAAGAGUACAGAGCGUCGGGAGGAUCUACACGAGGAUCUGAAGGCCAUUGAAGAGAUGGAGCUGAUAGAGGCCAUUGAGCAAUCCAAGAGAGAUUACACCAGAGAAAAGGAGCUGGAGUUACAGAUGCUUAAAGAUCAGGAUGAUCUAUUCGAUGGCAUUCCCUUUGACAUUGAACCAGCACCAGAACAGGAAUCAAGACGUGAACCAGAACUAAAGGAGAGGUUCGAUGAAGCUUUUCCAAGCACGUUACCGAUUCCAAAGAGGAAUCCCCCUUUGGUCUCUAUGGGAAGCAGUGCUAAAGGUGUGCUGGAGAAGGACAAGUUGCUGUUACUGGCCAAAGGAAAGAAGGAACAGGGCUUGGAUGAAGCUGAAGUGGAAGGUGAAUCUGUAAUAGCCAAGGAGAAAGAGGACAACCCCCUUGUUACAGUACACUCCUGGCUCAAAGGUGAUUCAAUGAACUCGUACCAAAGGAAGCAGCAGGCAGCCAUAGACUCAAGGCAAAAGGAGGACAAUGACAAGAGGAAGGAUGAGCAAUUGGGAUUGGUUUCAUGGUCUGAAGCUCAAGAGAUGUUGAAUAGUGGAGGAGGCGAUGCGGACGAGAUUGAGAUUGUUGAACAAAGAGUUGUUGAUCCAGAGAAGAGCAUCGCUCAAGAGUCAAGUGUCAAGGCUGAACGUGCUCAAGAGCUGAGAUCACCAGCUGCUUUUGACUACGAAUUUGAAGAGGAGGAAGAGCAAGAGCUCAAUGAACAACUAGCAAAGGAGGAGGAAGAGCAUGAGCAGUUCCAAAGGGACCUGAACCCACACAUCAUGGCAUUUUUAGAUAACGAAGGCUCUUUAAAAAAGCAGCAUCAGAGGGAGAUGAGAGAUGCGGAUGAAGUCACUGUUGUCAUGAUUCGGGAAGUUCAGGACCUCUUAUCACGAUUUGGUAUCCCCUAUAUCACAGCUCCUAUGGAAGCUGAGGCACAGUGUGCCGAGCUUUUGAAGCUGAAACUAGUCGAUGGGAUCAUCACUGACGACUCGGAUGUGUUCCUCUUUGGUGGUGAUCGUGUCUACAGAAACAUGUUCCAUGAGAAGCAUUACGUCGAGUUCUAUAAUUCGAACGCACUGGAGAAAUUGGGCCUCGACAGAUCAAAACUCAUCGAGCUGGCACAUCUAUUGGGAAGUGAUUACACUGUCGGGCUGAAGGGUAUUGGGCCAGUGCUGGCCAUGGAGAUCCUAGCCAAUUUUGGUGGACUGGAGCAGCUGAGGGACUGGUUCAUGGAGGGUCAAUUCGAUCUCAGCAAACAAAAGCAGGAAAACGCAUGGGAGAAAUCUUUGAGGAAGAAACUGGUGAACAACGAGAUUCUACUGGACAAAUCCUUCCCAGACAGGAGAAUUGACCAAGCGUAUAUAGCUGCUGAAGUUGAUAGUGAUCGGACCGAGUUCGUAUGGGGAACGCCUGAUUUGGAUAGGCUAAGAACUUUCCUUAUGUCUACAGUUGGAUGGUCACAGGAAAGGGUUGACCAAGUUCUCGUGCCACUCAUCAGAGACCUCAAUAAGAAGAGAAGAGAAGGCACACAGAGCACUCUGGGUGAGUUCUACGACGUUGAGAAUAUGGUGGGUGUCAAGAGAAAAAGAAUGAAUAAGCGCAUGGAUACUGCAAGGGCCAAAAUGGCCAAGAGGAAAUGA